AUGGAGCGUCGUGACAUCAAAUUCCCCACUCUGGACGGGCUUACCCUGCGCGGAUGGCUGUACCCGGGAGUAAAGGGUGGCCCGGCCGUGAUCCUCCACAACGGUGUAAGUGUACUCGUUGCCCCGGCCUCUUCCGUCAUCUCAGUCCUAUUGACACUGCCCGUCAAGUUUAACUACCCCAAAGAGCUCAUUCUCAACCCUGUAGCAGCAUGGUUUCAACACCAUGGCCUGACAGUCCUCGUCUAUGAUCCCCGCACUGUUGGCGAAAGUGAUGGCGAGCCCCGAAGCGACCUCGACCAGCGCAAGCUCAUUGAAGACAUGCAUGACGCUGUCACUUUCUUGAAGACUUUUGAGUGGAUUGACUCCAAGCGCAUUGCUCUCUGGGGUUUCUUCUGGAGCGGAACUCAAGUUCUCGAGGCAGCGGCCGUGGACAAACGUGUGGCUGCCGUCGUCUCCAUUGGACCUGUGCUGGACUGGACCCUCGAUCCCACACUGGGGCCUCCCAUGAUGGCGCUGGCAAUGAAGGACCGUGAAGCUCGAGUUCGGGGAGAGCCACCUAUUUACAUACCCUUCUAUAAGGAAGAAGGCGAGCACUUCAUGAUUUUCAAGGCUUUCACAGACCUCAGCCUCGAGCAGCGGACCAUGGUGGCCGGUAUGGUCGAAGGUGCCAAGGGGCAGGCUCCAAGAUUUGCAGACAACGUUACCGUGCAGACUCUCUAUCGGAUCGCCAAUUGGUCUCCUUUCUCACGCUUCACCGCCUUAGGGACGACACCUGUCAUGCUGGUGAUACCUGAGAUUGACGAGCUCUCUGCACCCGUGUUGCAGCACAAAACCUUCGAGACUUUCUCAGACCCCAAGGUCUUGGAGGUUGCGAAAGGGAAAGGGCAUUUCAACUACUGGCAUGAUGCUAAUCUGGAUCAACUGCUGGAUGGGCAAUUGAAAUUCUUGAAAAGAUAUCUGAGUUUCUAA